UAGCAGCGCCAUGCCCAGAAGUUCUCUACCGGCUUCCUACGGGCAAUCAACUCAUCAGGCCAACCCGACGGCAUCCCUUGGAAGUGGUGAGGAGCAACCCAGUGGCAAGCCAGCAUGUCCACCUCCCUGAGAGUCAGCCCGUCCGUUCAUGGCUAUCGCUUUGACACCGCCUUGCGUAAGAAAGCAGUGCCCAACAUCUUUGAGAACCUGGAUCAAGAGACUCUGGAAAAGCUCUUCAAAAACUCUGGCGACAGGAAAGCAGAAGAAAGAGCUAAGAUUAUCUUGGCCACCGACCAAGAUCUGGAGGAGAAAGCCAGAUCCCUCAUGGCUCUGAAACAGAGAACCCGAGAGAAACUUUUCCAGUUUCUGAAGUUCGGGAAACAUUCCAUCAAAAUCCACUGAAGAGCCACCAAAGAAAGAUGGUGACCAACAAAAGAAAUAUAUAUAUUGCACAGCUCUUCUGCUGGUGUCAUCCUUUUCGCCCGCCAGCAUCUCCAACGCUUGGUACAGAGAUGGAGGAUGCUUGGACAUAUCAGUCAUGGGUUGUUCCAUUCUCGCUGACUGUGUUGUGUGAGCUUCUUCUGCAGACUCCAAACUUGAACACUCCAGUGGGAGUCAGUCACUCGUCAAAACGACGAAAGCAGCAGAUCCUGAGCCACAAAAGGAUGGAAAAGUGGUGGGACGGACAACUGCAACUUUUUUUCUGGCAGCCUGGAGGGAGAAAGAGACUCUGUGUGAUUUUUCUCCUGGACUAAACUGUCUGCUUGCCUGACAGUCUUUCCGGACAUGUGUUUACCGACUGUGCAAAACCUUCCAUAAGGUGCUUUUCUCUCCCCUGCUGGGAUCACAGGAGAUCAGGCAGCAAUCCGCGUUUAUCCAUUUGCAUUUGCUAAAAAUGCACUGUCUGCAAGUCAACUAUUUUUCUGAGAUAGAACAUUUUUUCAGGACGGUGUGAAGCAAUCCUGUUUUCUCUUCCAUUUCUUAAAACGAGUUGCACAAACUUUUUUUUUUUUUUUAAAAAGUUUCCUCCUGACUUUCCUGAACUAUGAAAGUCUCUUUGAUGAGACAUCACAUUCACUUUUUUUUUUACUAUUUCUACCAUAGUAAUGAACUUAACAAGUUAAUAAGCUAUGUGAAUGAUGAUGAUGAUGAUGCUGUAAUAAUGGGCAUUAAUUUAUUGCAUAUGCUGCAUGGUGGAACAAAUAAAUUAUGAAGUUGAUAUACAUUGUUCUUGAUUUUGAAAUGCUUUGUUUUGGCAAGCGAAGUUGGUUUUCAAUUUCCUAAAAACUUCUUUCCUUUGAAGUGCCAGAUCAACCCUAACAUUUGAUGUUUCAGAACAGAAAACUUUUUUUUUAAACAAAAUGAAAUAUCUUUUUUGUUUAUUGUAAUAGAUGAACGUUAUAAGAUGAAACACUAAUACGUCUUCUUUAAAAUAAAUUCCAAUGAAGAUUAUUUUCAGAAUCUUUUUUUUCCUAAAUACCAGCCUUCAAAUGCUGUAAAAACCGAGAUAAUUCUGAGCAUAUGCAAAGUAAAUUUCACGAUGUAUGUUUAAGAAACAUGAGCCCUGAUGCAUCUGAAUUUAAAAAAUUAAAUGAUUUAUGUUUGUUGAAGCUUUUCA